CGCCCCUUGGCUGCGCGCUGCGGGGAGCGCCCAUAAAGGCGGCGGCGCGGGCGAGGCCGAGGCAGGCGCGGCCGGAGGGCAGCAGCGGCCCCAUGCACUGCAGCAGAAUGAUAGAGAUCUUGGACCCGAGACCCUUGCCCAGCUCCAUCAUGCCUGUGGACAUGGCCAUGAGAAUUUUAGCCCAUUCUCCAUUAGCCCAUUCUCCACCACUGAAGAGUUUUCUCAGCCCCCUUGAGGGCUGUCAAAGAAACAACUUUGUGAACAGAUUCAAACCUCUCAGACCGUGUCUUCAUGUAAAACCUGACUCUGGAGCUCAGAAGAGUGACUGGAACCACUCAGCAGCCCGAGCCAAGAAGCGAGUUGUGUUUGCGGACUCAAAGGGGCUGUCCCUGACAGCAAUACACACCUUCUCAGAAUUCCAGGAGCAACCUGGAUGGGAUCUGCAGUUUGACCUCUUAGGCCUUGAAAAUGUAACAUCUGGCUUGAAGCUACAUGAUGAGAAAAACUUAAUUCUGGGUUUCCCUCGGCCCUCAGCUGACUACCUGGACUUCAGGAACCACCUGCAGAAGAACUUGGUCUGCCUGGAGAACUGCACCCUGCAACAGAAAGUGCUGUCAGGCACUGUGAAAGUAAAAAAUGUGAGCUUUGAAAAAAAGGUUCAGGUUCGAAUUACCUUUGAUACAUGGAAGACCUACACGGACGUUGAGUGUGUAUACAUGAACAAUAUUUAUGGCGAUUCUGAAAAUGAUACUUUCUCAUUUACCAUUGACUUUCCUCCUGCCAUUUCCUCUGAAGAGAAGAUAGAGUUUUGCAUUUCUUACCAAAGUGGAGAACAUACCUUCUGGGACAAUAAUGAGGGUCAGAAUUACAAGAUUCUCCACGCAGAGUGGAAGCCUGAUGGUGUUCAGAUACCAUCUGCCAAGAAAGACUGUGUAGAUGUUCAGACUCCAAGGAGGGGACAAGAGAGAGAGCCUGAUCAACUAGGCAGUCCGAGACUGUCUUGUGGUCUCUUUCCUCAGUGGCAGAGCUUGGGUCAGAUAGAAAAUUCAUCACCAUAUUGGUGAUCAAUACUAGCGAGGAAGCAUUCUUCCAUUUGGCAAUAGAGCAGUGUUAGUUUUCUGGUUCACAUCCUAUGUGACAAAACCACCUAGCAGGUUUUGUUGGCUGGCUGAACAAAUUCAAAUUUAUUAGUCUACAGGACUUGUUAAACCGUAUAAUGCUACUGAAGUUCUUAGCCAAAGCUUAUCCUUGUAAAGAAAGAAAACCAAGAGAAAACUCACACAUAUGCCACCUACUAUAGAAAUAGCAUGACUGUAUCAUAAGUAGACACUGCUUGCUUUCUGCUGUAGACUUUCCUCAGUCACUAGAUGAGAGACUCUUGUGAGGAAGUAUGGAAGGCGAUGGUAUCUUGGCAAACUGUAGGAACUAUGUGUGAAAGAGUAUGUGUGUGUGCACAGGGAUGUUACAUGGACAGACAAUCACAAUUCAUUUUGCACCUAUUAGGAGAGCAGUAAAGAUGAGGAGAUCCUGUCAGGAUGGAGGCUUGCUAUGACCUCUGUGUGCUUGUACCAGCGGCAAGUGGAAGCGCAUGGCUAGGAUCUGUGGCCUCAAUACAGGUUAAGAAAAUAGGAGAGAAUAAUGGAAAAGUGGGAGGAGGGGAAGAGGUAAGAUAUGCUCUAUAAGUUGGAGUCAUGCAAUGUUCUAACUUCUUUCCAAAGCUGGUCUUCUAAAUCUCAGAGAAAUUUCUAUGGGAUUAAAAGGAGAAUACAGAAAAAAAUGUAAUGUAAAAGUGACCACUGCUUUGGAAAGCUGUCUCUGCCCUAGUUGGCUUUGCGAAUAAUAAAUGUGCUGCCUUUGAGAACAAAUCUGACCUUGACUUCAUCAACUUGCUCGCUUAGCAGGCAGAUGGUUACCUUCUAAUGUUAAAAGGAAAACAUGAUUUUUAAAAAGAUUUUGAAACCACCCUAUGUGUGGAUUAGCUGACAAAACAGACUGAGCAAUUUGUAAACUUUCUAGUCUGUAGUGGCGUUAGAUGAUUUGAUUCGUCACCUGAUCUAAUCUUACAGCAUCUGAUGGUUGUGUCCUGCUCCCUAUUGCAGUUAGUGAUGACUUUUCACAAGCAUGUAACAUAAGCAAGGUCCUUCAUAUUGAAGACAGUGAAUUAACUGCACUUUGUGAAAGCUGAUUUCUUUAAAAGAGUAGAGUUGCUACUAGUUUUUUUUUUUCUAGACUGAAUACAGGCUUGCACACAAAUAGAAAACUGCUCUGUUUUAUUGUACCUCAUUUUUUGAAGAUUUUUUUAGAGUAAACUAAUGUAUUUUUUUAUCCUUUUGCUUUCUCAGCUCACACUUUAAAGGUGAUCUGUGUUUCAUGCAAGACUUGUGUGAGAAAUUGUCCAAUACAUAUUAAGCAGUUGUGAAUACUGCCACAGCUUUUAGCUGUACAGAAAUAGUGUUAACAUCAAAUUUAAAUCACAUUUUUGCCCAUUGCUAAGUAUAAUAUCCGGAGUUUGAAGCUACUUGCAAUGCAGUGAGAUGAUAAAUACUAAGGUGAAAUAAGCCUUCUCCACUUAUUGCACUUUUCCCCCUAUGUAACCCUUGCUGCUAUGUGUAAACGAGCCAUUUUAAGAAUAAAUUGUGU